UAUGAACUAAUCUUAAGUGUUUAUCUAUAUAUAUCGUAUGGAUUCGUAACUUGUUAAUUUCAGGUUUAAAUUUUCUGUGCACAGACUACAUUCUUAUAUUGAUUUAAUAAAAUAAAACAAAAUUUAAUGUGAAAAUAUGCUGCGAUGUAUAUUUAAUAUCUUAAUCAUCAUACUUGGUACCGGAUCUUGUUCUGGUUUUGAUAUAUUUCAUUUCCACGAUUACUGUGGGAAAACCAUAACCAACUACGCUGGAGAACUGAGGUUUGAUGCGGAAAAACUCCCAUCAUAUUUACCAGGGGGGAAAUGUAGUGUUUCCAUAAUGCUACAAAAAGCUUUGUUUCAUUCAAAGACAUACGCAUUGUUCUACUUUACAAAGUUUGAUCUAUCCAGCUUUUGUAAGAUAACCAAUGUUUCUAUAGUUGAUGGCAUUCCAGAGAGUGGAGCACAUAUAAAAGGUUUACCUCCCUUUAUUUGCGGACAUAAUAAAACGCUUGAAAAUACAGACAGCGUUUUCAAAACAAGGAGCGACAAGUUGACAGUUACGCUUAAACGAAGUAACAAUGCACGGCUUUUCUAUGGGAAGUUCAGCAUGAAAUACGUACAGUUUAGUCUCGGAACUUGUAACGGCCAAGGUGUAUACAAAUGCUCAACUGGAUGGUGUAUUCCAAACGUGUACCGUUGCUCUAGUGAUAUAAACGCGUGCGGUGAAAAACAGACAGGCUGCAAUGACGAAGGAGAAGUUGCUGUCAGUUUCUCAGAUAAAGUGCUAAAUAUAUUAGAGAAUGUACUGUGGAUAGGAGGUGCUGUAUUCGGAAUAUGUACCUUUCGAUUCUUUUACCGAAAAUAUCGAAAAAGGUCAAGCCCAGCACAAUUAUCACUAUAUGGAGGCCCGGCAAAUGAGAAUCGACGUUCGUCUUUUAGAGCACAUGCUGUUCAAGCCAACCCUUUGCCGACGGAGCAAAUGCCAUUAUCCACAGUAGAAGAGCAACACGAUAUCAUGCAACUGUGUACUGCUGGAACCCUUACAGAUAUAAACACAUAUGACUCCUCAAACUGCAGGAAUUCAUUCCAUGAGACAAGGAACAGUGAUUCUGAUAUAGACUGCAAUAACAUUUCGUCGCGUGAUGCAGAUUUAACGUCACUCGAAUACAAUACAACAUCAUGCUUAGACCCUCCUCCGAGCUAUGAGGAUGUUAUGGCACAACCGCAAAACUAUAAAUGAGCAGCACCAUGAAACAAUCAACAUAGUGGCUUUGCGACCAGCAUGGAUCCAGACCAGCCUGGGCAUCCGCGCAGUCUGGUCAGGAUUCAUGCUGUUCGCUUUCAAAGCCUGUUGCAAUCAGAGAAACUGUUAGCGAACAGUAUGGAUCCUGACCAGACUGCGUGGAUGCGCAGGCUGGUCUGGAUCCGUGCUGGUCGCAAAGCCACUAUGUUGGUUUUCUCAUGGCGCGGCUCAAAUAACUUGAUUACAAAUGCAAUACAAUACAAUACAGAUAUAUAGCUCUUAAUAUGCUCAGAAUAAGCUUCUAAUGCGCUUUACGAAGUCUGAUCAUCUGAACAUCAAAUCGAGUGAUAACUUAGGUGUAAUAGAACAUUGAGAACAGAUGUGUCUUAAGACAACAUCUAAAUUCAUUUUCCUCUCUAAUUUGUCUAAGUUUGUCAGAUAGCUUAUUCCAUUAUUUUGGUCCUACAUUUUGUAUCACCACAAAUGAACUAUCUGCGUAACAAGUUCUUGUUCUGGGCGUUGGCAGAAGUGAUGAUUUUUUUUAUAUCUUAAACCAUAUCCACAUUGAACAGGUUUAAUCAUGUUCUGCAGAUAAAUUGGCAGUUUCCACAACACAUGUAAAAACAAGCACAAGAGCUUUAAAGAUAAUUAUAGCUCACACGGGAAGCCAGUGUAAAGCUUGGAGAACCGGUGUAAUAUGUUCAUAAUAUUGAGUUUGCAUUUCUGUUCUUGCGGCAUGGUUUUGUACUUUCUGAAAUCUGUCUAACUGAUAUUCCGGAAUAGCCGUAAACAGGCCAUUUCAAAAAUCUAGAUGUGAAUGUAUUAAUCUAUGUACCAAACUUUCUAUAUUCGUUUGUUAAAUAGCCUCUAAUACCAUUCAGUUGAUUCAAUUGGUAACGGACAAUUUGGUUUUUAUUUCUAGCGUGACGAUCAAAGUUGAAGUCAUUUUCAAUCAGAAUACCUAAAUCUCUUAGUACAUGACCAACACAUUUUACUAGAACUCUACCAACCUCAACAGACGAGGUAUUUAGUUUUGAAAGUUAAUGUUUGGUUUCUUAGAUCAUAACUUCUGUUUUAGAAUUGUUCAUUUUGAAUUUGUGAUUUUUCAUCCACAUUAUAACAUCCUGAAGACACUCA